GUGUGUUCAGUCUCUCCUCGUAGCUUCAGUUUCUGCUCAGUAUAAACUAGCCAUUUAUCAUCAAUCAUGGCCGCCGGAGUAUAAAUCUAACUCCCGUCUUUCCUCCCUGUCGUCUGGAGGGGAGGGUUUUUGUUUGAGGAAACAAAAUAUUAGUCUCACACUGAUUUGGAUUUCCUCUUGGAAUUACAAUACAUCUCACAAGGGAAAUACCAUUCAUGUCAAUACUCCAAAAUGCAGCCGCCGCCGAGGAAGGUCAAAGUGACACAGGAGCUGAAAAACACACACACGGAGCAGAUGACAAGACUGCACUUUAAACACCAGACCGAAUGUGACCUGCUGGAAGACAUGAGGAGCUACAGUCUGAAGAAGGGACAGCUGGAGAGAGACUAUGCACAGGCUCUGCAGAAGUUAGCAAGUCAGUACCUAAAGAGAGACUGGCCUGGAAUCAACCCCGAUGACCAGAGAACAGACUACAGGAAUGUGUAUGCAGUGUGGAGGUCCUACUUAGAAGGUACAGUGCAAGUGAGCCAGUCCAGGCUCAACGUGUGCGACAACUACAAGAGUCAAGUAUCAGAUCCCGCUAAGACUGUUAGACUCUAUAAGGAACAGCAACUCAAAAAGACUAUAGAUCAGCUGAGUGGCAUUCAGGCAGAGCUGCAGGAGUCGGUAAAGGAGUUGGCCAAAGCCAAGAAAAAGUACUACGACUGUGAGCAGGUUGCCCAUGCUGUACGAGAGAAGGCCGACAUAGAGGCCAAGUCUAAACUGGGUCUUUUUCAGUCAAGAAUUAGUUUACAGAAAGCAAGUGUGAAGUUGAAAGCUAAGAGAAGUGACUGUAACUCCAAGGCGACGCAAGCCAGGAAUGACUACUUGCUAACGCUAGCUGCUGCCAACGCUCACCAUGACCGCUACUACCAUACGGAUCUACUGCACUGCAUACAGGCCUUGGAUGGCAGGAUCUAUGAGCAUGUGAAAGACUACCUGGUAGCACUGUGUCGUACAGAGCUAGAGGCCUCCCAAGCUACACACAACACCUUCCAGUUCCUGUUGGACAAAUCCACCAGGAUAAUACAGGAGUUCAACCAGCAGUUGUUCAUGCAGGAGAAUCCAGUAUUUCACAAAGCACACGACUUCCAGUUCCAGCCUAGCGAAUGUGAUACGAGUCGGCAGCUGGAGUCGGAGACAGGGACAACGGAGGAGCACAGUCUGAACAAGGAGGCAAGGAAAUGGGCAACCAGAGUGGCCAGGGAACACAAGAAUAUCAUUCACUACAAGAGAUCUCUGGAGGAGUGUGAGAGCCAUGGCUUGCCCGCCACAGAGCAAGGCAGACUAGAUCUGGAGCUGAAGAUAGAAGACACCAAAGAAAACAUACGCAAAGCUGAGACAAUAAAGUUGAAAGCUGAAGCUCGGUUGGACCUUCUGCGACAAGUGGGGGUUGCUGUGGAUACGUGGCUGAAGAGUGCCAUGAACCAGGUGAUGGAGGAGCUGGAGAAUGAACGCUGGGCCAGCUACACUUCCCACGAUCCCUCACUGUCGGGCACAGUGGACUUGGAGCGUGAGGAGGGUGAGGAGUGUGAAGAGAAUAUGGAGGUUUUUGACGACAGCAGCUCCAGUCCUUCGGGAACCCUUCGAAACUAUCCACUUACCUGCAAAGUCCUGUACUCAUACAAGGCCUCCCAGCCGGACGAGCUAACUAUUGAUGAACAGGAGAUGCUGGAAGUCAUUGAGGAUGGAGACAUGGAGGACUGGGUCAAGGCUCGCAACAAGACAGGUCAUGUUGGCUAUGUCCCAGAGAAAUACCUGCAGUUCCCAACCUCCAACAGCCUGCUGAGCAUGCUCCAGUCUCUGGCUACGCUCGACGCUCGAUCACACACCUCGUCCAACUCUACCGAGCCAGAGCUUCACUCUGGCUGCAUCAAUGGAGACACAAACACGGUGUAUGUCCGUGCACUUUAUGAUUAUGAGGGCCAGGCGGACGAGGAGCUCUCCUUUUCUGAGGGAGCCGUGAUCCGCUUGUUGAGCCGUGACACUCAGACAGAUGACGGCUUCUGGGAGGGAGAGCUCAACGGACGGGUGGGCGUCUUCCCUUCUGUGCUGGUAGAAGAUUUCACUGAAAAUGGGGAGAGCAGUGGAGGAGGGGCAGGUGACAUACAGAUCUCUCCAUCUCUGAAGUUGCCAUCUUCUCUGCCUCCUCUUCCGCUGUAUGACCAACCUCCCAUCAGCCCUUUCACAAGCCCCGAGACCUCCACCCCACCUCCUCUCCCACGCUCACCCUCCGCUGCACUUAACGGGGACCACAAGCCUCCACUGCCUGCCUCGUCACACAAGGGACCGCUGUCCACUCACAAUCAAAGCUCUGGCAGGAGUCCAGUGUCUCCAGGAUUUCCUCAGGCUCAGCCACCACGAUUCACCCCUGAAGGAGGCCCAGGGAAAUUAAGACCUGUGCGAGCUGCUCCUCCUCCACCUAAGCAGCACCCCCGAAGACAGCAGGAGAAGAGUGACAAGACGGAGGAGGUGGAGAUCACGCUGGUGUGACAGUCAGACAAGUUGGCAGGCGGUUAGAGACAAAAAAAUAAAACAGAUGACAGACUUAUCCUACAGGCUGAGGAACUGAACUGCUCUGAACUGAAGUGAGCUUAAAUAAAGUGAUGUGAAGUAAACUGAACUGAACCACGUCGAACCCUCCGGCCGCUCCACAUCUUCUCUCCUCUUUAAGUGGAGGAGGAGAGAAGAGAGAGGAGAUAAAGGCAGAGUAUCCAAUUAAAUAAUCUCCGUAUUAGCUUCCUAAUGAAGUGCAGCAGCAGCUGCCCCCGCAUCCCUCUCUGACCUCCCCCGUCCUUCUAUUCUUGCCUUAAAACUUCACCUCAUCAGGCAGCAAACCAGAGCACAGUAAAAGGAGGAUGAAGAGGAGGAAGAGCAUUUGGAGAGGGGGGAGUGUGACAAGUUGAUGAUGGAUUUGGCAAGUUUUCUUUUGUAGUGUUAAGCUUACUUCAAGAUUUCUGCUACUUUUGAGAAAUUUUUCUCGCUAACUUGCAAACAAAUAAUAAUGAAACAAGAAGUUUUAGAAACUGAAAACUGACAACAUAUAGUAGAGAGGGUUAUCAGAUAAAUAUAAAAUAUAAAUAUAACAUGAAUAAUGUUGAAUAGCAAAUAUAAAUAUAAAUUAAUAUAAAGCUAUAUACUUUUUAUUUAACCUUCAACGAAGAAGUAGAAAGAUUUUUUCCCCUUUACUGCCAAUUAGGAGAUACAAUAAAUUAAAACAUACUGUUUUACUCUCCUAUCAUUCAGUAGCUUGUUUUCUUUUUAAAGUUGCUUAUUUAUUCAAUUUUUGCUUUGCUCUUGGCACACAUUUAAUCAUUCUGUUAUCUCCAUGCAACAUUUCCUUUUCCUUACCACAUUCCAAAUGUCCCUAUGCAAUUUACAUGCCUUUUUUCUGCGAGCUACCAACUGUCUUUAUUUAACUACACUAGCCAGUGCACGUAAUGUUAAUCCUCCAUAUACUGUACUAUAGCUAGUACUUUUUACAUUUUGAGAAAAGAAACAUUUAAUAACACACAUCCACAAAAUUCUGAGGAUGACACAAAGUUCAAAACUUUAUUCCAUUGUGGUCUUCAACAAAAGUCUGUGAACUUUUAAGUAGCAUUGGAGCAUAACGAGUAGCUUUCUGGCUAAAAUUCUUUUAAUCAUGUGGUUCAUAAGCUGUUGUGCUCAGUUUGUUUAGCUUGCCAGUGUUUUCAGUUGAGUUAUCCUUAAUGUGUUUUCUAAUGUCUCUUUUCUUAUAAUAGUGAAACAAACUGAACUCCAAACUUCUGUAGUUUAUGAAGUGAGCGUCAGAUGGUGGCUAACAUUAGCUGAAACUGUUGAUGCUCAGUGUGCUUAGUCACCUAUAGCCACUAUAUUUUCACUGUCUCCAGUGCUCUAAAUAUAUAAGCAAAUUUCGUAAUGGUCAUAUGUGCAUGGUUAAAAAAUACAUACAUGGUUAAAUGUUUGCCAAGAUGAAAAAAACAGAAAAAUGACUUUGAAAAUAAAAUGAGGCAGUAAAAGAUAAAUAAAAAAAUAAAGUGAGUUUUGCUUUAUUUUAUCAUCUGAUUGGUGGUAAAGAAAGAUACGUUUUAAAUAUGUUAUAAUUUUAACAUUUUGGAUACUUUUUAAUAAAUUUUGUGCUAGACUGGGGCUCCAUGAAAAGUAAGCUUGAUCAAAGGGAGUGAGUCAAAACUUGCCAAGUUUGUCAUGUUUUAGAGUGCAGUAGGGUUGGAAGUAAAUGGGCAGAGCGACUGGGUGGUGUGUGUGGACACAGCAUCCCCCUCCCCAGCCCUUCCCUCGCCAUAUAUAAUCCUUCAUACGUAUUCAAUGUGUAUUAGUACAGUACAUUACUGUUGUCAUAGGAAUGUUAUGCACAGCGUUUCAUAUAGACUAACUCAGCUGAAUGGACGACCGUGUCUGAUAUGUAGUGGAAGUUUUAUCCUCAUCAUAUAAUGAAAGGGCAUUGUAAAUACAGUAUGAAAGAGGGGUGAAAGAAGAGAGGGGAGGAGAGGAUGAAAGAAAAAAGAGAAAAAGGAGGCUGGAUCCUCCCUUCUGCUCAUAUCUCCACCUCUCUUCCCAUCCUUCCUUUAUUUUUCUCCCUCUUCUCUAAUGUCUGUUCUGUCCAUUGACAGUCAGUGUGAAUCAGUAGCUAUCUUAUACACACACAUACAGUUACAUAAUAUUACACACAUUACUAUAUCCUCUCUCAUUCUGUGACCCGCUCUGCGUUUGUAUCACUGAUUGGUUCAGGAGGAGGACAGUGGUGCUUUCAAGGGCACUGAAAUUGUUGGUAUUCACUAUGUGGUGACAAAAGUUUUAUUUGAGAUGAUAUAGACACUGAAAAAUAUUUGGGGUCAGAAGAUUUUAUUAAUCACAGAAUGAAGUGUAUGACUUUUUUCCCUACAGAUCAUUGAUUUUUAUUCACCUAUAACAUAUUUCCUUGUUUAGCUGACAUGCAUUACAUUUGCAGGUAUUAUUUUUCUCUGUUGUCUUGCUAAGCGUCUCCAUCGCAUCACUAGGGAGUCUGGCUUUUUAAUACAGCAGAGAAAACAUCCAUAAAAACAAGUGAACCUUUAAUAUUAACAUCACCCUUAUCCUUUCCUGGUGUCUUACAUUUCAGCUUUGAUUAACCAUGGUAGAAACAAAAAACAAGAGAUGUUUAAAAAAUAUGUCGAGCUCAAUGGGCAGAACUAGCAAACAACAGAGUACAAAAGUAAAUUAAUCUCCCCCCUUACAUAUCUUUUAAGCCUUUAAAACUCCUUGCCUAAAGGGCAGCGUAGCACUUUUAUUUAUUUGUACCUUCCCUGGAAAGUAGCAGUACCUUCACGUAGCAGCAGGACGUGUAGAAAUGACUCUGAUGAAUCCCUGUAGUUACAAACACAGAAGCCAGAGUCAUUCUUUUCAUUCUAACGCUGUGGUGGAUCCUCUUUUUUUCAGUGUGACUGACGCUUUUGUUUUUAACUCUCCACUCUUCUAAAGAGAUUGAGAGAUAAUUGUGGACAAUGUAAUUUGGUGUUUUUCUUAACUUAUAAACAACAAACAAAACAAAAAAAUACAUUGUUGAAUGAAAACAUGAAGAAAAUGUGUUUUUGGUCUGGAGAUAGGCCUAGCUGUGUGCGUGUGAUUGUUUAUAGGAGAGAGGAGCAAUUUUGAUCAGGUCUGUGUUCGACUCUGAAGAUGUGCCCCAGUUUCUUCCUGCAUAUUUAUUUUAACCAGGUUUUGAUUUUGUUGAGUGUUCACACUCAUACAUACGUCACAAAAUAGAUUAUACUCAUGAGCACUGCUGUCCCACGGUUCACACACCUAAGAAGGAGCCCCUCACGCUAGGAAACUAAUUGUUCUUGAUGGCGGGUCAGCUUCGGAAAUAAGAUGGAAAGCAAAAAAUAAAGGAAUCAAUCUGUGUUGCAUUCUCCUUGUUAAUGAUAUUUAUCAGUUCUGCUCUAAAGUUGCAGUAUCACACUACAUUUUCUGAUAGUACACAACUGUAAAGUAUAUACAUUUCUUGUAUACUACCUGCAAAAAAGGCGUUUGAGUAUGAAGAUAACUUUAUACCUGCAAUAUAGUAUUCAUGUGAAUUAUGGAGUUGGGACACAGCUUGAGGCUUGGGCUCAAUUUGAUUGGUUUCUAACGUGGAGCUGAAUUUUGAGAAAAGGGAUGCGAGAAAGUACUAAAAAACAUCCUUCAUUUUUUCCUUUGCAUCAGCUUUUAGAAACAUAACAUUUUGUGUAGCAUCCUCAAAGUUAAGCAUGCUGGAAUUAGUUUAAGAUUCAGAUCCUCGCCUCUGCUCUUUUGCUGUUGUAGGAACUAGCAUUGACUUGUAACAGUGUGGUCAAGGCGACUUGAACAACAGCCUCUCCUUGAUCUCUCUGAGAUCUUAUUUAUACUGGUUUUCAAACUUGUUUUGAAGUUUAUGGUUUACAGCAGCAUCCCACAGAACUUCCCACCAUAAAUGCUCAAUUAGUCAAUCUAUCAAAUAUAAAAUGUAUGACUUUUUGUUGCCAGUUGACACUUUGAACAUGAUUAUUUUCCCUUUUAAACAGUCCCUUUUGGUCCGCUACAGUGUUUAAUUAUUUGGUAUGAGCCUGUUUUUGUUUUUGUUUUUUUAUGUAUUAUAUAAUUCUAUAUUUUUCAUCUUUGGAUUUGGAGCAGCUGCACUGCUGCUGUUAUUAACAAUGUGGUGGAACAACUGGCCUUCUCUUUCUUCACAGACUGUUGCUAUGGUGACAAUAAUGAGAACAGGUGCAAAAGUCUUUCUGCAUAUUAUUAUUGGCUGUACAAAAACAAAGUUUGUAUUUAUUGUGUACAAA